GUAUUUAAUUAAUAAUAUAGAGUAUUGCACAUUCGAAAAAAAAGUAUUUUUUAAUUAAUUUCAUAUUCUUAAUUGUACAUAUUGGGUGAAAAUAAAUUUUCAUUUGUUGGAAUGCAAAACACUAAUUAAAAUAUUUAUGGGCAAUAUAGAAAUUUGAUAAAUAAGAAUGGCAGCUUCACCGCGUUCUGUAGAUACUGUAUCAUUAUGUUCAACUGCAUCAAGUUGUCCGGAUCGUAAUGGAUUUUAUGGUGGUUUUCAAAGAUCAGAAAGUCGUAAAGAACCAUUGUCGAAAGCACAAAUUAUUGCAAGAGAAAAAAAAUGGCUUCAUAUGCUAAAUAACUGGUCAGCAUAUAUGUCAAAAAAUUACAAAAAAAUUCGAGAUAGAUGCCGUAAAGGUAUACCGAAAUCUAUUAGACCAAAAGCUUGGUUUUAUUUAUCUGGUGCAUAUUUAUUAAAGAAGAAACAUGGUAAUUUAUAUGAGGAACUAUUACAGAAACCAGGAAAUCCACAAAUUAUUGAAGAAAUUAAAAAAGAUAAACACAGACAAUUUCCAUUUCAUGAAAUGUUUUUAGAUGAAGACAAAGUUGGACAAAUCGAAUUAUUUAAUGUUUUGAAAGCUUAUUCAAUUUACAACCCAAAAGUUGGUUUCUGUCAAGCUCAGGCUCCGAUAGCAGCUUUCCUUUUAAUGCAUAUGCCAGCUGAAGAUGCAUUUUGGUGUUUUGUCAGUGUUUGCGAUGUUUAUCUUGAAGAUUAUUUCAUUCCUGGUUUGGAAGUUUUACAAAAUGAUGCAGCAAUAUUAAACGGUUUGUUGAAGAAAACAUGCCCAGCUGUAUACAGGCAUUUACAAAAACAUAAGGUCGAACCUUUAUUAUAUAUGACAGAUUGGUUUUUAUGUGCAAUGACCCGUACUCUCCCAUGGGAAACUUUAUUACGUGUUUGGGAUUGCUUUUUGGCAGAAGGAAUCAGAGUUGUAUUUAAAGUCGCAUUAGUUAUUUUAGGGGCAUCUCUUGGGCGCAGCAAAACACGAAAACAGUGCAAUGGAUUAUGUGAAUCAUUAGAAGUAUUACGUUCCCCACCAGAGCCAGUCUUAGAAGAAGAUUUCAUAAUGGAAAACAUACAAAGGUUAAAUUUAACAGUGCAAGAUUUUCAAAUAGAACACACAAGACAAAAAGCAAAGAGAGCUAAACAAAAGUUGCAAGAAAUUUCAAGUAAUAAUUCUAAAUAGUUGAUCGUUUGUACCCUUGUUUUGGCGACAUUUAUAUCGCAGCAAUAUUAUAUUUAAAGAAAAGUUAAAUUAAAAAUGGAAAUAAAUAUUUUUAUAAUGAAUUAAAUGUGAAGAUAAUAUAUAAAACUAAUAAAUUAAUUUUCACUAAAAGUA